ACGGUUGGUUUCAAAAUCGUCCAAUGAAGGACGUUCGUUGGACCAAUUUGGACAACGUCCAAAUAACCGUUCAACGAACGUCCAUCGUUGGACCCGUGUUGAACGAUUUUGAAACAAUUUUUUGGGCGUCUCAGUGGGUAGGGCGAACUCAGUUUCGCUCGCGUUUUCUUGCAAAUUUUGACAGGAACCGAGCAAAACCCUGGCAUAACUCGCACAUAAACCGUGGAAAGAUCCUGGAAAUUCCUACCUGGUAGAAUUUAGCACGAAUCGAGCAAAACAUCUGACAAAGAUGUGGCAGGAAGCGUGCAGAGAUCUUGGCCGUACAUUUCUGGCUGGAUUCUGGAUAAAAGUGAGCAGCAUCGGUUGGUUUAACCACUUCUGUCAGAAACGGUUGUUGCCUUUGAGCGAAUUCUUUGCCAGAAUUCUAGCACAAAUCGCGCAAAAUGCUCGCAGAAACUGCCAGCAUCAAUUUCGCUUUGCUCAACUUUUGCUAACUUUCAGCUUGUCACGGUGACUGGGAAAGUUUAGCCGGAAAUGAAUUAGAAUUUUGGCUGGUUCCAGAACGUAUUCCGGCUCCAGUGAUACAACCGAUUCUAGUUAGAAUCGGUUGUUUCGCUGGAGCCGGAAUACGUUCUGGAACCAGACAGAAUUUUAAUUCAUUUCCAGCUGAACUUUACUGGGAAUCGGCCUUAACGAUAUCUCAACACGACGUUUUUAAAACUAUUGUCGCGCUUAUAAUAAAAUCUCACAUUGCGGGCGUCUGAAAGGCGCAUCAAAUAUAGCCGCAGUUGCUCCGCAAGCAGAUUUCAGUGGAGCUUUAUUUUUCUGCCAGCUGUGUGGUUUUCGAAAGCUUCAAGGGAAAAGCUGUCCAUAAGUUUAUAUAGGCGGCUGUCACGCGCCUAUCUCAUUUGAUCUUUCAUAUAAUCGCAUAUCGAGCAAUUAUCCUGCAAGGCACAAUAUUUCCUUGCUUUUUCCUUGAAGCUUUCGAAAAGCACACAGCUGGCAGAAAAAUAAAGCUCCACUGAAAUCUGCUUGCGGAGCAACUGCGGCUAUAUUUGAUGCGCCUUUCAGACGCCCGCUAUGUGAGAUUUUAUUAUAAGCGCGACAAUAUUUCAUGAAUUAAGACUGUGGAACCUAUAGCUGCCCUAAACACUGUGAUAUCAUUUUUGAGAAUUAAAUAUCAACAAAAACAACACUAUUAAAUUUUAAUAGUAGAUAAAUUUUAUCCAACUAAUAUCAAUAAAAACAACUAUUUAUUCCGUUCGUUCAUCUGAUAAGCGAAUUUCCUUGCCAUGGAUGUACGAUGCCGCUUAUGCCUGCAGUCCACGACGAACAGUUUGAUUGAGAAUUCAUGUACGGUAUAUCCACAAGAUAAAAGUGUCAGAAAUACUCGAUGCUACGCUUGGUUCCUUGGUAAGUGUCGGCGCAAGUCAGCUCCGUAGGUAGUAGUUUCCAGUUAGUAUUAAAUAAUAAACAGUUAAAGAUAGUUACUGGAUUUCUAGAAUAAUUAAAGCUAAGGCUUUUUCAGAAUUGUUUGUGUAUCUACUCGACCUGAAAAUGUGGCACUAACUCUUCCAAUCAUGUAUGUGUAUAUUGCUUAGGCCAGAUUCACCGGAUAUAUUUGCUAUUCGAACGUUCCAAACAGUCUCACAUGCAACCAAAGUGUACCGAAGGGAAAGAGCAAGACUAUUUCCGUUGUCGACUUUGUAAGCGGGAAGACACUGAAGAAUUAAUCGAAAUGACUAGUCUUAGUGACCGCUGGAAUGUCCAAAUUGAUCAGCUACUGCUACUUCUAACUGGUGUUUGCCGAAAAAAUCGCGAUGGUUUACCGCCAUACGUCUGUAAUAAUUGCUUGGUGGAUUUAGAAGAGGGAUAUGGACACAAGAAUCAAUAGAUUAAUGCUGCUUUGAAGACCUGGUAAAGGAUGGAGUUUCAGUCGGAGAAUCCAACCGAUUUGAUCGUUGAUCUGUAUGCUGAAAUCAUACCUCUGUGGUUGAUUUGAGAAGAUGAUGAAAUGUUUGAAAAAAUACGAAUCGAAAAAUACUUGUGCUCUGUUUGCAGCUUGGAGUUUAAGCUGGAACAGGUCAGCCCCCAAUGCGUGGGUUGUAUGUUGAAUUUUUCGAAUCACAGUGAAAUUUCAAGUUUAAUUCUGCAGCGACAGUCAAAGAAAUCUGAUGAAGUAGUUCCAAACGAGACGAUUGGGGUUGUAGAUAGUAUAAUCGACAACAAUAUUGAAACAGAUCCUGAUGAGGGUGAUGAUUCAGAUGACUUCGUUCUGAAGCAGCAGUCAAAGAAAUCUGAUGAAGUCCCAAGAGAGACCCUUGAGGUUGUGGAUAGUAUAAUUGGCAACGAUAUUGAAAUAGAUUCUGAUGAGGAUGAUGAUUCAGAUGAUUUCUUUUUGCAGCAACAGCCGAAGAAAUCAGAUAAAGAAGUUCCAAAUGAGAUCCUUGUAGACAAUAUAUUCGAUGAAGAUGAUUCAGCUGGUUUUAAAAUGCCAAGACAAUGGAAACUUUCAGAUGUUACCGGAUUGUUUGAUGUUUUCGAGAUUUCUGGAAGCAUAUAUCAAAACGCACAACGAAAAGGCCCGAUUUGCUGUGGAUGCAAUAACAUUUUUCUCACGGAAGCAGAUAUUGAAGAACAUCGUAAGAAGGAGCACUCGCAGUCCAGUGGCAGUGGAGAAUUUACAUGUAAACUCUGCCUUAAAAGCUUCCAGUCUGAUUCAUCUUUUAGCGCUCACAGGAACAAAUUGAAACAAGACUGCUACGAAUCUUGUAAACCAUGUCAAUUGAUUUUUUUGACUGAGAUAGAGCUCAUGAGGCACGAAAUCAAGUUUCACAUAGACAAAUCAGCACUAAUGAUCGCUUCAGGCAAAUACAAACGAGUGACCACUAUUAUCUACAAAUGUGUGCCUUCUUGCCGCAAUGGUUACGCAAACCAAAAACAGCUUAUUGACCAUUAUUAUCUGGUUCAUAAACGAACCGGAACGAUAGACGAAGAAGAUACGACUUGUCCAUACUGUGGGUUGCAUUUUCCAAAUGAACGUGAUUUUCUGGAACACAUGGAUCGAAAAGUUGACAGCAACCAAUAUCAAUGUAUUUUUGAGAGUUGUAAAUUCACUACGGAUAGAUUGUCCUGUAUAGUACGGCAUUGUACCAAAGGGCACAAAAAAAAGUUUCCACGUUUUCGUUGGCAAAAAUAUAUGCCUGAUUUAAAACAUUUCAAUGUAAUCGGUAAUAUAGAUGAAAGUACCGAAAUACUGCAACGAAAAAGUGGAAUGUGUUGUGGAUGUUCAAAAAUUUUUGAAUUGGAAGAAGAUCUUAACAGACACUACAAGGAAAAACAUUUGCCAAUUGAAGAUGGAUGUCAAUAUCGUUGCUCAGCGUGUGGAAAAGGAUUUAGGACGAAGCUCGGCUUAUCUCACCACGCGUUUAUAAUUUCUAUUCGAACGCACUAUCAUUGCCGACCUUGCCGAACCGUUAUGUGGAGAAAAACGGACCUAAUUAAUCACAAGUCCCACAUCCACGCCGACGAGCAGCGAGUGGAAAUUGAAGGGCACUACGAUACUACAUUCGAGGAUUGCUUCACAUGCUGCGGUUGUGAGAAACAAUUUCAACAACAAGAGGAGCUGGUGCGACACCGCAGAUUGAAACAUCAACGAUAUGGGAAGCGAAAAACACUACAAAGCGUACGCUGCGAUCUGUGCAACAAGUUUUUUGCGAACGCGGAAAAGUUGGUGCAGCAUAAAGCAAUGUAUGAAAGUCGAAAAAUAUACCUAUGUAAGACACCAUCGUGUGCGUUCCGCACUAGAAAACGGCAAGCAAUAGUACGCCAUAUAUCCGGUGCGUAUCACUAUACUGCCGACGGAAAAAAGUUCUACGUUAUCGGUGACAAUCAAGUGGAGUAUGCUUGUUGUAUGAAGUUUUGCGAUUUCGUUAGUAAUUCUCACGAUAGCGUAAUCGAGCACAGCAGCAAAAGUCACACUGAAAGGCGGGAAUACAACGCUAAUUUGUGUAGGAAAGAAAAUCUCAACUGUCCGGUGUGCAUGAAAGGAUUCCGCAAUUCGGCAGCAUUGGUCAAUCAUCAGUCUUUCAAAUGGAAACGAAAGCCCAACAUCGUACCCCCAAGUAAGACCGUCUGUAUCAUUUGUGGAAAAUAUUUGUCUGCUACUGGCAUGUUAAAUCACAUGCUGAUGCACGAAAACAAACGAGCCUGGAAAUGCUCAUUGUGUCCAAUGGGAUUCAAUAAUGAGACAAUGCUUCGACACCACCACAGAGUUCACAGCGGAGAAAAACUGUUCAAAUGCCGUCAUGGCUGUGAUAAUCGGUACAAAGGUUCUGGCGAUCGUACUCGACAUGAAAAGCUUGUUCAUUUGGGAAUCAAACCAUUCAGUUGUUUGACAUGUUCCGACUCAUUCGUUCGCAAACGGGACCUUCAAUUGCACGAAAGGAAGCACACUGGCCGAAAGCUGUAUGCUUGUGAUUUUCGCGGUGAUGAUUUUGAUAAGUUAAGUGAGUUCAAACUUCACAAAGACAAGUGUUCAUAGCAUGUAAGUUAAGUUUCCACCAACCAUAUUUAACUCGCAUCGAGUUUUAUGAGGUGAAAAUGAGAGAUGUCAGAAACCCGCCGUGGUAUCAAAUUUAUAUUUGAAAAUACUUUUCAAAUACAUAAAAUCGAUCCAAAUAGGAUUAAAUGUC